GAAUAUUCUAACAGGUUAUCACUAUUAAUAUGAUUUUGUCGGGUGGCGCCUUUGGUGUGGAGAAGAGCUCUCGAGCAGUGCGAUGCGUUACUUGUUUAGAUGCUAUUAGCGCACGUUCUGAAAAUGGCAAUAUUUACUACCAGAUAAGGAAAACAAACGGAGAUCGCAGUGAACGUUUAAAUUAUAAGCGAUGUCCAUUAGAAUCCGAACAAACAUUUACACAGGUAUUGACUUUGCACUUCCUUCAAUUAUUCUGUAGAUUUAAAGAGUUAAUAUAACAGUUCAUUGUUUCCCGGGCGUAAACAGCGAAACUUUAUUGGUUUCACGUAAAGAAUUGUAAUCAAUACUUUUGUUUUCCAUUUACAAACAAAGGGCUAAGAUUUCUAAAUCAGACAGAGCGCAUUCUAGCUGCCAGUUGGUAAUGACAUGGUCAUCAACAAUCGCAUAACAACGCUUGCCACCCUACAGAGUUAAGUUUUAAUGGAGUUAGUUUUGAUAUGACGACUAGGAGCGAUCACCUGGCCGGCCGCCGGAACAGCGUUACCUUUGCCAUUAAAGAUGAAUCUUUCCGAGACCGUACUCCCAGUGUGGGUAGAAAGGACAACCAACAAAGUCGGAACUCCAGUCUAGGGAAAGGAAAAGCGGACGGCGGGUAUUCGGACAGCAGUGGUUCGAUUUCUAUUCCAAAGAAGUUCCACAAGCUCAAAGCGCCAUCACGACAUCAGCCCGUAGAGACGACGAAAAUCCCAAGUGGAGGAUCACGGCCCCAGCAUCAAAACGUAAACUACGAGAACACGUAUAAGCUAUCGCCAGAUAGGGGAAAGUUUUUCGAUUCUGUCAAAAUCUCGCAAAUCAUAGAGAGUAGUUUGAAUGAAAAUCUCAAGGAUUUACCUUACGAUCACGACAAGUGCCCUGGACUCUGUACCUAUCUCGCGGAAGUGAUCAAAGAUGAUAUCAAGGCAUCUGGAGUGCAAAGAUAUAAACUGGUGACGAAUGUCAUACUUUUCGAGGACAAGAGACAGGGAUUUCAUUGGGGUAGUCGGUGCCUGUGGAACCCAAACUUUGACAAUUUUGCCACCGCUUCUUACACUGGCCAAGGGUAUAGAGCCGUGGGGGCUUGUUUUGCUUCAUACUAUGAAUAGAUAUAUAGAUGGAAUAUGCAAGAUAAAUGCCAAAGAAAUGAAAUUCCUCGAGAUCUCGUUUUAUAUACUCAUCCUAAAAACGAAAUGGUAUAUUAAUGGGGAGUGAAUUUACGAAACGGUUUUAAAACGUUCCUAACCUAUAGAUGUUUCUCAUUUGCAUGAACUUCCGGUCCAGCGCUAUCUAUACAAAAUAUGUAAACUCAGUAUUUGCAUCUCAUAUAUAUAUAAACAUCUGUACUUUUUUUCGUUAAAUCAUGCUUUUAGUUAUUUGUUAAAUUAACAUAAAUAUUUGCAUUCAUUGUUUGUCUCCCUUUAAUGCUAUAAUUACUGUCAUGUUAUAAUUUUGAAAUUUUAAUAACGUUGCAUUGAGUAAACAUACAUAGUAUUGUAUCGAUUUAAUGCAAUUAAGCUUAUUAUACAGUGUAUAUAUAUAUGCAUGUAUUUUAAAACAUUAAUAAAUGAAUACUGUUUGUUUUAUGUCUAAAUGUAAAUGUCUUUAUUACAUCUUAUUAUCACA